UCCACACCCUGCAGUGACUGGGAAGUUCCUCCGCAUUCCUGCCAUACACACACACACACUCACACACACACACACACACACUCACACACAGGCACAGAUCUGGGAGGAACCACACACUGAGGCUGGGAGUCUGGAGGGGGUGUUGGCCGCAGUAGGAACCUCAUCAUCAACGUGCUGCCAGUGUCACCAUGAGCAAGGCAGGAGGUGAUGACGGUGGAGGAGCUGGUGGCAGCAGCAGUGAAAAAGCCCGGCAGCCGGAGGAUGAGACUCCCGAGGGGAAGUUCCCGGGCAAACUGAGCGCUAGCACCAGUGGACCGGGGUGGACCAAGGUCAGCUGCCCCUGCUGCAUGUUGGAGCGGGUCGAGCCGCUGGUUCUGGUGAAGCUGGGAGAAAAGGUUCGGCCGGAGACGAAGAGGUGGCUCAUCAGACUGAUUGGAUCUUCUCAGAAAGAUGGCGGUGCUGCGUUACUGGCCCACCCAGGUGAGGACGCCGGUGGUGACAUCAUCAUAGUGUCCGCCCCUCGCUGCACGUUACUACGAGCCACUGAGGAGCUGGGUCUGUGUAAAUGUUACUCCAGCGGGGACAUGGAGGCCUUCUCCUACAACGACAGAAGCAACUUUAAAGAUUCAGACAACAUGGAAGUGUUCCUGACGCUGGCGGAGCGGCAAUACAUCGUGAAGUAUGAGCUGGACGGGCUGCGAGCGCAGAGAGACCUGAGAGUACCGGGUCUGUCGGACUCCUGCACGCUGCAGAACAGAGACAACAUCU